UCGUAGCCGCAACAGGCUGGUUCCUCGGCUUUUUUUCUAUUUCAUAUUUUUUUUAUAAUUUAUUUUUAAAUUCAAACUGGAGAAAACGGCUUUUGAGGGAUGGGGAACAAAGUGGUCACGUUUACCGAGCAGCAGUUGGAAGACUACCAGGACUGUACAUUUUUUACAAGGAAAGAAAUACUUAGAGUAUUCAAGCGGUUCAGGGAGGUUAAUCCGGAGCUGGUCCCGAAGCGAAUGACCGAGGACCAGGCGCACACCAUCGCCGUGCCCGUCGAGGAGAUCGAGAAGCUGCCUGAACUUAAGGAGAACCCGUUCAAGCGGCGCAUAUGUCAAGUGUUUUCUCACGACGGCUCAGGAGACCUGACCUUCGAAGAUUUCCUUGACAUGAUGUCUGUCUUCAGUGAAGCCGCGCCCAGAGAUAUUAAGGCUUGGUAUGCCUUCAGAAUCUACGACCUUGAUGACGACAUGUACAUAGGUCGCGAGGACCUGUUGGAAGCUACUCGCUUGCUCACACGAGGCGAGCUACACCCCCACGAGCGUGAUGAGAUCGUCUGCAGCGUGCUGGAUGAAGCUGAUGUGGACGGAGACGGGAGACUCUCCUUCAUGGACUUCGAGCAUGUCGUCGUGAGGGCGCCUGACUUCCUCUCCACGUUCCAUAUCCGUGUCUAAUCUUACUUCUUUAACAAAUGUUACCGUGUUUAAUAAAUAUUUUCUCAUA